AUGCUAAUCUCUCGCUUCCAAUCAGCUUCGACGGCAGUCCCAGGAUGUGUCGAUGCAACAUCGAAUCAAGCAGAGAUCUACUGGGAGAUGAUCAAGCCACAUCAUGAUGGCCUGGUAAAAGAAGUCCUUGCUUUCAGUGCCGAAGUGAAGUCUGAAUUCCCGACUGUGAGGCUGGAGGAGCUAGCAUUUGAAGUCAUGGCAAUUCGGCUGGCCUUUCUUAUUAUACCCAACAUCACUGGCGCUGUGCAUGUGAUGGCAAAUCCGUGCUACUCGUACCACAAGGAGAAGAUUGUCGAGACGGGGAAACGGUUACAUAAAAUCUGCAAGUUCCUAGAUCCCGCUUUCGACACCAAUCGGUUGGUCAUGAAGGUGGCCGCCACAUGGGAAGGCCUCCAGGCAUGUCGGGAAUUGGCGCUUUGCGGGAUAAAGGCUCUGGCAACCACGGUGUUUACAAUGGCACAAGCCGUCUUGGCUGGUGAGGCCGGUUGUGUUUCCAUUUCACCUUUCGUUCACGAGGCUAAAGCACAUUUCGAUGAAAAAUACUCGGAUGAAAUUCCUCUUCUUCGUCUGUGCAUCCAGGCACAGCAGUUCUACAAGAAGCGGUCCAUAAACACAAAAGUCAAAGCAUGCGCCACCAUUUCGGUUGAUGAGAUCCUACAGUUGGCUGGUGUGGACGCGUUGACCAUCAUGCCUGGUGACCUACAGAACCUCCAAAGGGGGACUGGUUGCAAACGCUUGACUGAAAGUCAAUCUUUAUUUGGUGAUAAUUCUAUCCCUGGCGAUAGCGACUAUCCUUCAUACCUGGAUGACGAGAGCACCUAUCGUAUUCACUUUUCUCGUAGUGGCCAAGGUGCUGGUCAAUACAAGUUGAUGCAGGUCCUAGCAAUAUUUUCAGACUUUCAGUUUAAGGGAGAGGAAUUUAUGAAAGCCCAUCAGCAACUUCUGAGUUAA